CACGGAUUCAUCCAACUCUCGACUCUCCUUUAUUGUGUGACGUCGUGGGUUUCGUGAUAUUAAUAUUCAGUUUUGGUGUAGUUAUUUAUUUGAUAAGCGGAGAAUUACGAUGUUAGCUGAUGUCGAAAACGACUUGGAGGACACUUCAUACCUCUGGAGAUGAAACUUUUUUCCACUUUUUCUUUCAUCCUGAUCUUGUACAGCCCUCAGCCUUUCUCGCUAGCACAACGACUGUUGCAUUCGAGAGCAUAUCAUUCUGACGAUGACGACGAUCAUGUCGAUUACCACUAUGACGAAAUGGACAACAAACUUCUUAAUCACAACGCUUCAGCAGAAAAAGGGCAGUAUGUGGGUGCCUUAUGCGAAUUUACCUGCAGUCCGAAAUUGCUUCACGUUUACUGUAAUCCCGUUACGGGUACUUGCGACUGUGAGAAGAAGUACCCUGUUAAACUUAAUAAUCGCUAUGCAGGCUGUAGCAAGCCAAAACAACUGGGUGACCAAUGUUAUUAUAAAGAAACCUGUCAGUUUACUGACCAACACGCUUCCUGUAUCCAAGUCCACCACAACGCCGUUUGUCAGUGUGAAAAUGGGUACCAUACCGUUUCUUUACAGAAACCUUCGAAAAGAGUCUUCUGUGCAGAAGAUGUCGUUGUUAUAACAUCAGAUUUCUCCACUUUUGCCGGCGUAAUGUCGGGAAUCGCUAUUUUAUCCGGUCUUAUAUGUUUUGUACUGCACCUCUUCAACCAGAAUUUGUAUGGAACACGCCAUAACAGGCACAGGUUCGGAAACGCCAAUCUACCACCUCCCAUCUUGUUCUCCAGCGAUCCAGGUAAGUUUUAUGGAACACUCGUGGAGAUUCCACCUUUAGCUACAAAAGAAGACUCCACUACUAGCUUCCCCGAGGAAUUCCCAUCGACAUCAAAACAAUAUCCAUAA